AGUCGCAAACUCGGAACGGAGACAAAAGUAGUGAAUACGCGCGAGCCGUUUUUUCGUAUUUUGACCGAUCAACUUUAGCCUUAAUGAAACAAUUUGUCAUUUCUAAUUAUAUUAGAACUACGUCAAGGUAGUGAUACUCAACUGCCACAAUGAAUCUAAUGUUUAGGAAGACCUUCGGGGAACAGAAAGCCGGAGUGGCGGCCAUCAAAGGAAACAAGAUCAGCGUUUGUCGACAUACUAGCAAAAGGAGUCGAGAACAAGGUUACACCGCAAUGGAGGAGCACCACUACAGGACACACUUAUUUUUCAGUCCACCUCGUUGUAGCUUUGGUGCCGCUGACGAAGAUGGUUCGCUCGAUUCAACAGGUAAUGCCCAAAGAAUGCAAAGAGCUAUAUUGCACACAGAGCCGCGGUGCGGACCUAUGACUGGAACGGGGGGUGAAUCGCCGCCGAUGCAGUCGACCAUAUCUCCCGCAAUGACGGAGUCCGAUUUACCUCAACCUUUGGUGGUGAGGAGUCCGUCGGUGUCUCUUAUGAAGUGGCCCAAUCAAUUGCCGACGAAAGCUACGCCCACUCGACAGGUGAAUUUCAAUUAUGGAAACGAAAGCAGCCAUGUAGACGCUCAACGGGCCCUAUCUGAAUUGGAUAAGGACUGCUUCAUUAUCCCAGUCCAUAGUCUUGAUAGGUUUCUUCCUGCGGGAGUUCCGAUACCAAAACCUGUAAAUAAUAAUAGUCUAGAUAAAAAAGGGAAUCUACAUGUUAUGGAGGUGCCCGAUCCCAAGUUAUGUGUCUUAUGUCAUUUAAUGAGUCCGUUGGAGCCGGUAGAUCCCGUUUUAGAGUCCCCGUUAGUUCAACCGCUACUUAAGCAAAGGGUAAUAGCUGGGGAAUUAGUUAAUGACAUAGCACAAGCCAAAACGGCGGUUACGGGAAUGUUACUUGCCAAUAUGGAAAGGAAUGCCGAAUUUCCAUUCAUAACGUACUAUGUGAUAAAUACGUCUCAGACCAAUCCUGUGAUGUUCUACAAUAAUCUCCGCACUGCCAGUUUGAGCAAGUUCGAUCCAAGAACUACUAGAUAUACAGCUGCACAUACGCUCGAUUUAUACACCGAAGUGGCUUCAAUAUGUCGACCGCCAGUACACGAAAUCGGUAUGUCAUUACAAAAAACGCACAGUACAUCUACAGGGUAUCUCGUAUCUGUGUAUAAAGUUUUCGAAGGAGACGAUAGAGAAAAAUUUGAAAGGAACUGGUUGUACUGGACAGGAGCAAGAAUGAUCUACCGAUAUCUACCCCACGCAGCGGGCCUUCGUCGAAUUUCGCUGCACAAAUCUCUUAGUCCGAAAGGCGACAAAAUGUACAUUUUAUUAUGCGAAUGCGCUAAUCUAUUAGAAGACGUGACAGUUUGCGCAUUGAUAUUACCUGCGCUAAGGGCAAGAUUGACGGGAUAUACGGGAUUAUUUAGACCGUUACAAACCUUUUAAUACGAAAUGGGUCCAAUCUAAUUUUAAAACUAUAGAGAUAAUAUCGUGAGUCUACUAAAAAGGUUCCAGUCUCCUUUAAUAAUUUACAGGGUGAUUUAUAAAAUUGAGCAUAAAUUUUAAUUGGUUAAGAAGUUUCUUUAUUUCUGUCGGGCAGUUAAAUGUCUCCUUGAGGUUGGUUUUCGUAUCGAUCUGCUGGUAUGCGGUAGACUAUUCUCUGCAAUCGGUGACAAUGUCCUUAACAGACCACAGGAACACAUGACAACUUUCUGGCGACAGUAGUCUCAGUAGAAUCUCCUUAUUGUCACAGCUUCUCUCCCAAUCGAAAAGUUUAGGGGCAGAUUCUUGAAUGAGGUUAAUCUUCAGAUCAUUGGCAAGCUGUCUGGCGCGCGUUUCGACGAGACUGAACACUAACACUACACCAACACUAACGAUUACACUGUCUGUCAUGCCGAGAAAAGUUUGCGUGGAAAAAUCAAUGGAUAAAAUGAAAAUUUAGUAAUUUGUUGUAAGGUUGGGAUAGGUUGUGAUAGGUUUUUCGAUCGAACUGAUGCAUUUUCACACACGCAUAGAUCUCGACGACAUAUAUCGAACAAAAGGCCGUUUUAUCUUGGAAAAAAUGGCACGGAUCAUUAUUAAUACAUAUCAGGGGUAGAAAAAUUAUGGCAUCGAUGCCAUGUGAUACGUAAAAAUUUGUUUUACGAUACAGUAUGAAAUAAAAAAUAUGUUUUGUCCGAAUAACAAAGUGAAAACUUUUUAAUAACUAUCAUUAGUAGCUCUUGCGUGAGUUUUAUAUAUAAAUUAGGAAUUUUAGAUGUGUAUACAGUUGAAUAAUUUAAAUAAUCAUUUUUAUUGCUACACGGUUUUGUAUAAUAGUCCAGUCUUUCUAUGUAUUUUGAGCUGCUUUUUCCAAUGGAAUAAAUAUCUUCAAUAAAGUGCCCAAAUAAGGGGAAAAUUAUCAUUAUCAUCCCUUAGAAAACGUCUUGAGAACGGUGGAUCGAGCGAAAAUUUUGCAUAGAACAGAAAAAUUAGUAAAUUCCAUUAGCUUUCGAAUGAAAUAAGCAAAAAUAUGGAAUAAUUCUAAUAUUUUGCAUAAAAUUCAAUUUUAUUGGCCAGUUACGAAAAAUUCCUGAUUUAGUCAAAAAAAAAAAACGAAAUAUCAAAGCAUCACUUAUUUGAAAAUACAAAGGUGUGUACAAUUUUGUGUGCGCUCGAAAAAGAAGAGUCAAAAGCUUAUAUUGACUGGACUAUAAAUAUUAAAUUGAAUUAUUAAGCUUGACUCAGGGUUUUUUAAUGUUACAUAGUCGGGCAAAAUGGACGGAGAACACUGAAUUUAUAGUUAAAUUAUGCCUUUUAUGGAAAAUUUUUCGUAUAUUUCAUAUACUACGCAAUGGCGUUUUUGGACAUAUGUCGGUAAUAUUUUGAAUGCACCCUGUAUGCAUAGUUUUUAUGAUAUUUUCAAAUUUACUGAUGCCGGGUUUACUAUGUGAAAUAUUUAUUUAAUACAAGAUGAUAAUUUUAUACUUUCGUGGUCCCCUCGCUUUUUGGCUGUAGAAAAUCGAAAAAUCAUCCGAUUUCGACGCAUUUUUUUUAAUGGUUAGUAAAUUAUUUUCAUUCGAGCCGAGGGCGAAAAGUUCAUUUCUCAAGUACGUUGAUUUUCCUUAUUUUUGUGAAACUUCUGGUGUUAUUACACCACUCUUAGUCAAGACCCCAAAAGUCGAGUAAAAAAGUUUGACGCGUGUAUCACGUGAGGUUAUUCUGAUGAAUUUUCCGCUUCUGGCGAGGCUUUUCCGACCUCCAAAUCUUCUGGCUUUAUUACAGCGUUCUUAUUUGAGGUUCGGACCCCACGAUCCAAGAGUUUUCACUAGUGCACCACAUGAGGUCUUCCAGUCAAUUUUUUCGCCCGGGAAAACCGUCUGGCAUUUUCAUAUCCGACCUGUACAGAGUGCCACAAAUCCCGUUUGGUGAUGUACUAGUGCUGCUUUUUGCAGCCAGGUCUGGCACUAAUCUGCCGUGACCUCAGCACUAUCCUGCUGACAGCAUAUUUCUUCUGAGAACCGAUUAAUACGAUUAGAAAGCAAAAGUUGUCAAUACCUAUUAUCGCUAAUGUAUCUCUCGUGAAAAAAGGUCCGAUUUUAUUAUUUCUUUAGCUAUUCCACACAAUUAUGACAUAUACAAAUCCGUUCACGCUAAAAUUUGGUCUAUAACAAAAAACGUGUAAUAUUUUAUGAGAAUAUCGUCAAGUUUUUUAAUUGAAUUUUUAGAUUUUUCCUGUACGUUUAUAAUCACAUUGCCCAAAUCCGUUAUCUUCAUUAGUGACUGUUUGUUUUUUUCCACGAUCGGGAAUAUUUUUUACACUGUCGGUUUCAUUGAAUUUUCUCGAAAUUAAAAAUGAACUAAGUGCCUAUAAGGGCAUGAAAUUUUGACGGUAUGUUGGCUUGAUCCCUUACAUCUGCCCUUCCUUACCAGACCAUAAUUGGACCUCUUCAAAAAAGGAGGAAUUUCUUGAACACACAAAAUAAUCAUUAUAUUUAUUCACAUUCUUUUUCGUCUUAUAAUUUACGACCAACUAACUUCUUAUAACCAAACACAUCUGUGGUUAUCGCGUUCCUCUAUUCAUUACGAUUUUGCUGGUGUUCCAAUGCCCAAAAUAAUCUUUGGUACCUAUGUGCAGGUGUCGAUGGUAUUCUCCUCAAAAGUCGCUUGGAUUUUAAAUUAUAAUUACAGUCAUACACCUACUAUAACUCAAUAAAUUCAGAUUUAUCAUAUCUACUAACAAAAAAAUACGAAUACAUUCAAAAUAUGAAAUCAUAUUUCAAAAAAUAACAAUUUGAUAAAAAAUUUAUUUCAUAAAAUUCGUACAUUCGGUGUUCUGUCCACUUUGUUGACUCUGUAUACAAACUCUAGUAUGGAACAAAUGAUCUGUGAUGUCUCAAUUUGCAUAUUAAUAAACAAAGUAUGGAUCAUUUAUAUCUCCCCAUAUUCCUCCAAUCUCCAAUCAUACAUCUCUCUCUUAGCUAUUCCAUACUCUCCCAGGUGUAGCGAUCUGAAGUUCCUCAGGUGUUUGUUGUCUCAACCCCUGUAGGUUAUCCCAAUAAUCGGUUUUGCUCCUAUUCACUUUGUUUUCCAGUGCUUUUUCCAUUAUUCUUUAGCUGAUGCCGCAGAAUGGUUCGGAUCCCACGAAGGAGUUGUUGUCUGCCUCCGCUUUAGGAGACUGCUUGAGAUGAAAAAACGUUUUUACUUUCUAUUUUGUUUACUUCCACGAUCUAAUGAGUUCGUACUUUCUCCCACUAAUAUAUCUAGAGCAAAAUACUGGAUCUAGAGUCGCCUAAUGAACACCUACAACUCAGUUUUCUAUUCCCUAUUCCUGCUCGAAUUCAUCUAAAGCAUCUUCAACUUAUCCAUCAAAACCUGUUCAUCGAUUCACAGCAGAGACUCGGACAGAAAUCCUGAACUCAUCGAUCGAAAUAGACAAAGUUAUUAGAUAUGUAGAAUAUAUCGAUGAUAGCUCAAAAAUUCGAGAUUCAGAUGAUUUUCGGCUACUUCGGAAUAGUGAGAUUUGUUCUUGUCAAAGAUAUUGGGAUUUAGAUGAUCCAUCGUACGCGUACUGGUUGAAAUGUCAUAAUAUUAGUCUACAUAUCAGUCCAAAACAAAAACAUGACAAAUGAGAUGCUUUUAGUGCAGAUUUUAAUGAGGUUAACAAAAGCAAUAACAGUUACAAUCACUAAAAUUGUAUUUAAAGACUUAGGAAUAUAAAGAAUUUUUUUAAACAC